AUGACUUCAUCUGAAAUGCCACCUGGACCAAAGAUCAAACAAUGGUUCAUCGACACACGACCUCUCUGGCCAGUUCCAAAACAAGCGAAAUCACAAGAUGAAGUGGCAGCACUCAGGACAGUGGCUUCAAAAGAACUCUCCCUCCUCUCAGAGGCAGAACAGAAAAGCGUCCUUCGAUACUACCAUAUCCGCGACGCCAAAACAAAACUGGCAUCCCACCUCCUCAAGCACUUCGCAAUCACCAAAUACGGCGGCGUAACCUGGAGCGAGAGUUCCAUCUCACGCGGCGAAAAAGGCAAACCAUUCUUCAUCCCACCGAACAACCCACCACCACCAUCAAGUCAAGAUCUAAACGUAUCAACAACCACCCCCACUGCCGCCACCAGACUCGAUUUCAACGUCUCCCACCAAGCCGGCAUUGUCUCUCUCAUCGCCGCCAUAGGACACUCAUCACCCAUCGAUGUCGGCACCGACGUAGUCUGCGUCAACGAACGCCAAAAGAUGGACUACAGCAGCAUCGACCGCGACGGCUUCUUCGCCUGGGUGGACAUGCACGGCGACGUAUUCGCCUCCACCGAACUCAGCGAGAUGCGACUCAAGCCCGUACCUGUCGACUUGCGCGUUCGAGGCGCGAAACUCAGCGGCUACGGCAUGGAUGCUAUCUCUCGGUGUCAGUGGAGGGGCAAGGUGUUGAGCGUCAAGGCUGUGGGGCGGGAUGGGGAGGAUCUCGAGGUUAGGGUUGAGAGUGAGCGUGUUGUGGAGGGGAAGGUGAGAAGGUUUUAUGCGUGGUGGUGUGUGAGGGAGGCGUAUGUUAAGAUGACGGGAGAGGGGUUCGCGGCGACGUGGUUGAAGGAGUUGGAGAUUUUGGGGGUGGAGGCGCCUGAGCCUGGGGUGGGUGUUGUGGAAGGGGAAGGAGAGGGAGAGGGAGAGGGGGACUUGUGGGAAGGUGAGGUGAAGAGGGAGUUUAGAAUGGCGUUUGAGGGGAGGGAGGUUAAGGAUGUCAAGCUGGAGUUGACGGCUUUAGGAGAGCAGUAUAUGAUAGCCGGUGCUGUGCGGGUACCUCAAGGAGUGGAGAGCGUUAAAAUGGGAAGUUGGGUGCAAUUGGAUCUGAAGGAUAUUCUACAGUUGGCAGAGAGCUCGAACAGAUGA